UCCUGUCCCCACACCCUCCGCCUCCCACAGCCGGCAUCCUCGUCUCCCGCUUCGCUUUCUCUCUCCGAGCUCACCGCCUUCCUCCACUCACGCCAUGGCCUUCACCGGCAAGUACGAGAUUGAGAGCCAGGAGAACUACGACGAGUUCCUCAAGAUCCUUGGAAUCCCUGAUGAUGUCAUCGAGAAGGGGCGCAAUUUCAAAACUGUGACAGAGGUGGUGCAGAAUGGCAAUGAGUUCACCUGGUCCCAGAUCUACCCCAACAAGACCAUGUCCAACAAAUUCAUCAUCGACCAGGAGUGCGAAAUGGAGACCAUGUCUGGCAAGAAGUUCAAGGCCACCGUCACCAUGGAGGGAGGGAAAGUGAGCGUGCGAUUCCCCAACUACCACCAAACCUGUGAGAUCAGCGGAGACAAGCUAAUUGAGUGCUCUACGGUGACCGGCGCAAAGGGUGCUGUGACCAUGAAGAGAGUCAGCAAGAGGGUCUAGCUGCGUACACCUGUCCUUCUGUCACACCCUAAAACUGAGGAAUAAAGACAAAUUU